GGCGAGGGGGAGCGGCGGCGGGCCCGCGUGCGGCGCUCUCAUGGGUUUCUCGUGUUCCUUGAAGGUGGUUAGCGCCCUGCAGUCAAAGCAUCACUGUGGCGAGGAAGAAGCCCGUGUCAUUUGCGAUAAGGUCCAGGCGAAACUUCUCAAGGAGUGUCACGAUCCCGCUAAAAUGUGCAUCACUGACCUGAGAAUUUCGCACUGGCAGGAAGCUAUCCAGGAAACGAUGGGGGGGGAGGCGAACCGCAGCCUGGCUGCCGAAUGCUAUUUCCUGUGGAAAACGACCCGCCUGCAGCAUCUCACCCUGGCCGAGGACACGCGAGGCAUGCUCACGGAGCUGCGGAAAGUGGUCCGUUUGCUGCUGGUGACCAACGGAGACAAGCAGACCCAGAGGGAGAAGAUUGAAGCGUGUGCCUGUCAGCCAUACUUUGAUGCUAUCGUUGUGGGGGGAGAACAGAAGGAGGAGAAACCGGCACCCUCUAUAUUUCAUUACUGUUGUGAUCUUCUGGGGGUGCAGCCUGCAGAGUGUGUUAUGGUUGGCGACUCUCUAGACACAGAUAUUCAAGGAGGCCUAAAUGCUGGCUUGAAAGCUACUGUCUGGUUAAACAAAGCAAUGACGACCCCCUUAGAUACCUCCCCUGUACCUCAUUAUGUUAUUUCUUCUGUUCUCGACCUUCCAGCACUUUUACAGAAGAUGGACCACAAAAUUAAUGCUAACUUAGAAAAUGACCAUAUGAUUUGUAGUAAUGAAGUUCAUUGACAGUUCCAGCAUACAAUCUGAGAAAUGCUAAACUGCUAGGUGACUCGCAUUUUUGUUUAAAUUCUGACCCUGGGAUUUUAAAGUCAUACAGUGUGCUUUCUCAAACAGCAGGUGGAUGGAUAAGAGCACAAUUGUCAGUGAAGCUGGAUCGAAACACGAAAUUAGAUUAAUUUAAAUGAUGCAAGUGCAGUUAAUUUAAAAUAACUGUCUCUGCCUUGGAGUUAUUUUGACAGACUGUGUCUAAAGCAUAUCUAUCUCUGACCUGAGUUGCCACUCUCCUGUUUUUAUACUGGAAAAGAAAAAUUGAAUAUUUUGCUCUUUCAUGUUCAAAGCUUGUUUGCAGUGUAUAAAACAAGAGAAGGUGAAAGACACUGUGUGGUGCAAUCUAGUAAAUCUUUACACGUGAAUCUGCAGUUUAUCUCAAGAAUUGAAGAACUUUGGCAUUUAUAAAAAGUGACAGAAUUUAUUGUGUAUCAGACAAUUAGAAAAUGCUUGCUUUUGAUCUUUUUUUCAAGUUUAAGUUCAUAUUUAGAAUUUUUUCCAGCUUUGCAGUGGCUUUUCUUUUAUGGAAUUGGUACUUCUUGUCAAAAAUACUUAAAUGUACAUAAACAUUUGCAUCUGUAUAGGGGACCAUUUAUCAGAGGGACUUGAUGGAUUAGGUUUUGUUCUGUGUUGUCUCGGUGCUUGUGCAGGUAUGCCGUAUACUGUUAUUCGGAUUAUGAUUUUUGUUGCAAUUGGUAUACCAAGGGUAUUUUCAGUGCUCUUCUUACCGUACAGUCAAACUCUUAAAAAGGUAAAAAAUUUUGUUUGGACUCGUUUCGUUAGUGAAUUUUGAUCAGACUUUUUGGAGAAAUUGCUCUUGGUCUUGCUCAGAUGUACUGUCAUUCAGAUCCAAUUGCUGGCUCAGUGCUUUUUUGACUGUUUUCCUGGUAUUGCUGUACAGUCCCUACUUAAUCCAGGUUCUACAUGUAUUUCAUAUGAUUGACUCUGGAGAAAAUAUGAGCUAGCUGCUGAUAAAUAGCCUUCAUGACUGCUUUCCAGGAACGUGGAAAAUGAUGUGUUACACUGCUGUACACAACUUCAUAAUGUGUAUGUGCAGUUUCCGCUAGAUGUGGGAGAUGACCCUCUAAGGCACUGUAACACUUCUGUUUCCUAGAUUAUGAUUUAAUUUUGCUGUAGUUCAUAUUCUCACUACAUAACACAUAUGAAAACUUUGGGAAAGUGCUCACAUAUUGAAUGGAGAAGCAAAAGUCUGCCUGUUUCAAAGCUUAUUUGCUAUAUAGAAAUUGGACUAAGCAUCUAACAUUAUGUGAGCAAUCAUACAUUUUAUGUUUUAGAAUAAUGUUAUGACAAAUUCUGUGAAAACAGGGAUAUUGAGGAGCUGGCAGAAGAGUGUUUGGCACACGCUGGCAAUAAUGAAAGAUUAGCAAACAGUAUAAAAACAGCAGGAAGAAGGUAUGUGGAAGGAAUCCUCUGUAUAAGAAAGGUGCCUUUGUUUAUCUUGACAUGAAUUUAAACUGAUCCAUUAAAUGAGUCUCUACAUAGGGUGACAGAUUCAGUUUAGGGGAGGCUAUUUUUGAUUUGGGUUGAAUUGUUUGGCAAAGAGUUUAGGUUACAUCGAAGUAAGUUGAUUCUACAUUGGAAGAAGUUGAACUACUUGAGGUUUGAAGCCCUUUCAUCAAAUUGUCCCUUAAAAAGGGCAGACCAGGCCAGGUUCUUCGUUUUAGAUAACCAAGACCUUUGAGAUGUUAAUGACAUCAGUGAAGAGGAGAGAGGCCAGCUCCACUUGUACCUAUGAGGAAACGGGCGUGUGCAGAAAAUGAUCCAGUUACAGCGGUAGAUAGCAAGUUGCCACCUGUAAUAGAGGCAGUGUGACUGACUGGACACACCCUUGUUACUGAAGUAAGAGGCCUAAGACAAGAUUUUAUUUUGCAUUGGAACAUGAGCAUUGCAUUGAGCAUGAAAACAGUUGCUGUGGUGUAGUUGAUGAGCAAAGCAAUCAAAUGCAAAGAGGAGCAUUGUUAGUAACAUGCAUUGUAACCAAGGGCUGAGAGAAAAAUAAUGAAGAACAUUGAACCUGUAAGGAAUAUUACGUAAAAAGGGAAUAAAGUGUAUCCAAAAGAUUAGAUGGAUAUCUGAAAACAUAAUUUAGUUGAAGUAAGCUGUUUUAAGCAUGCCAUCUGAUACAAAAAACAACUUUCAUUACAACAGCAUCCCAAAAUAGUCACAGUAUAGCUCUACAUUGUUUGCACAGCGUCAGGGUAACAUAACUUAGAUCUGAAUGAAAUUUCUGAAUACAUCUAUGAUUAAAAGUGACAAAUAGUAACAAUUUACAAUUCUAUCUAUAAGCUUUAAGGAUGUACAUCCAGUUACCUUUUCUUUGUUGUAUGUGUAAGUUGAGGCUUAUAGUCUCAUGCAAUUUCAUCAUUCUGAAGUAGGAUCCUGAGCCUACAUAUUAUAUGAAAGGUCUCUUGUUUUAGAAGAGGCUAUUCCUUGUUUUACACAUGGCCACCCUUUUUCUUAAUUCUAGGAAUGAAACAUGGAAAAAACACUACAACUGAAUGCUCAGGUGGUAAUGUGGUCUGUAGAAGCCACGCUCGAGGGUUUUUUUUUUUUUUUUUCUCUCCUACCCCCACCACCACCACUGCUGAGUGGUCAUAUUUGAUUACCUGUUCAACAUAGGCUGAUGUUAUUAAGAUGCUGCUAUAAAACAGGAAAAAACAAUGGAAGGGAUUUCUCCAUCCGGGAUGUUCAUAGAAGCACUUAUGGAGUAAACUGGAUUGGGUAUCUGGAAUAUCUCUAAAUUCUUGAGCUGUUUUUUGUGGAUGCAGCUUUUACUCCUAGUGGGAAAGCUUGUUGCAAAAUAACUGUAUUUAUGGAAAUGGAAAAAUAAAUAUAACCAUGGGAUCAUUUUCACACCAGAAGUGGAAAUGGAUCAAUGUAACAGUGUGUAUUCAGUUCAGUUCUGGUUUUGCUUAGUGAAUAUGCUGCAGGAGAUAAGUUGUCUGGUUUAAAUUAUACUGCCAAAACACGCUAAAUAAAAAAAGAAAAAAUUCCAUUAAACACCUUUUUUCAGAAAAAUAUUGUCUCCUGAGGUUAAUCUUCAGUAACUUUGACUGCAGUGAAAUGAUCUGAAUCAAUAGUUUACUAACAACUAUAUUUUAAGUCUUGAUUUAAAAUAACCUGUGCAGUAGUCUAAUAAAAAUA